CAUCGGGCCCCCAGGCGGAGCGACAGGUCUCAAGCCCCCAGGCGGAGCGACAGGUCUCAGGCCCCAGGCGGAGCGGCGGGCACCGAGUCACCAGGCACGACAGUGGGCUCCGAGUCAACUGGCAAGACUGCGGGCACCGAGUCGAGUCGUCUGGCAAGACCGCGGGCACCGAGUCGUCUGGCAAGACCGCGGGCACCGAGUCGUCUGGCAAGACUGCGGGCAUCGAGUCAACUGGCGGAACAGCGGGCUUCGAGUCGUCUGGCAAGACUGCGGGCACCGAGUCGUCUGGCAAGACUGCAGGCACCGAGUCGUCUGGCAAGACUGCGGGCACCGAGUCGUCUGGCAAGACUGCGGGCACCGAGUCGUCUGGCAAGACUGCGGGCACCGAGUCGUCUGGCAAGACUGCGGGCACCGAGUCAACUGGCGGAACAGCGGGCAUCGAGUCAACUGGCGGAACAGCGGCUUCGAGUCGUCUGGCAUGACUGCGGGCACCGAGUCGUUUGGCAAGACUGCGGGCAC